AUGGCUCUAAAUUUCGGCAGAGACGUUCGGUUACUCAGUCUCCUCAUGUUAAUCGUCCUUGUCGGUAUGUUCUCAGGAAUGCAAUCGGAAGCAGGGAUCGGGCACCUUGGAUGGGAAGAACGCGCGCCCGGCCUUAAUGAUAUCUUUCAAUAUCCGGCCUCUGGUUCAUCGAUGGCCACGGCGGCUGGACAAGCUGAUCACCAUCAGCCAUUCUCGGCCGAUUAUGUCCACCCUUUUGGCCUUCCAGCCGAACCAUCAGCUCCCGACAACUUCUACCCCCUACCAGACCGUUAUCAUUCCCAAACUACUGCUGACGAACGUCCCACUGAAUCCGAGGCUCAUGGGUUGGACAUGUCUUUUGCCUCCGUACUAUUUGGACUCCAGUCGGGGGACCCACAUGACCUCGAAUCGCCGGAUUACCUCCUAAAGCUUCUCCGAGACGGAACACUAGGCCCACAUGACCUCGCGGCGGUAGGGGCUUCGCAAGCAGAUUCUGGUGUACCGCAAGUAUUGGAUCGUCAAAUUCAUACAACCGCAGUUGCUGGUCUGCCAGACAUGCCCGCCGUCUCGGAGUAUAAAUUCCCGCCUUCCUCCGUUGCAACCUCCGGACCCAAUCAAAGGGUCCAGCCUGUGGUGAAACCCCUUAAACCUCAGACUCUUCGUGCUACUCGCAAGAGGAGGGAACGGUCGGACAAUGUCCGAUUGGAAAGUUUGGACGUCCCACUUCCGUCCGGAGAAAACCAAUGGCCCCAACUCUUUCGAAUGACACCUGCGCAGGGAGGACUAGUGUUUCCUCGGGAUUUCUUUGUACCUAAUAAUCCAUCAACUCCGGUUGAAAAUUGGGAAGCGCGUUUGAUCCGGACACAGAUACCAUAA